AUGAGCAAUCCUUCCCAUACCAUCCCGCGUCCGGGUAAUGGAGGCGCCGCGAACACCACAAUCUUUUCAUUCGACGACGAAGACAACAACACAAACUGUCCGUCGCAUCAGGCUUCAACAAGCCACGCACUGCCAGCAUCAUCUUCAACAUCAUCAGACAUAGACUUACCGUCUUAUUCCACCGCAGCAGGGGUCAACCGCGCUCCUCUACCUCUCAAAUUUUUGACGUCGUCCAAAGAAGCCCAGUUCGAAGCGGAUCCAGACGACAUCGAUGAUCAAGACGACAUCGUUGCUGUUCAGUCAUCUCACAUCGGCCUGAGACCGAACAAUGGCACUGGAUAUACUCCUGUCGCAGGUUCAGAUGAGCGCACGCAGCUGAACAGAGAAGGUGCUCAGUCGCUCAUUGAUCGCAUACCGGGAACCCGCAUCCGUGCCUCUCUCGACGUCUUCAGCAAUGAUCUUCGUAAUAUUCGCCAAUCGCUUGGAGUACCUGGCUGGGAUGGAGAAGGUAUGCCGGACUGGCUCAAGAGAGGCGCGGGCGUCUUCGAUGCCACUGUCAACAUGGCCAACAGUAUUCUCGGCGCCGGUAUCGUUGGUCUGCCAUAUUCAAUGCGGGAGUCUGGCUUUAUUGCUGGUCUGGUCCUUCUCGUCGGUCUCUCUUUCCUCACAGACUGGACGAUUCGACUUAUCGUACUCAAUGCAAAGCUCAGCGGCCGUAUCACCUACAUCGAGAUCAUGGAGCAUUGCUUCGGUCAGAACGGCAAGGCUGCUGUCUCCAUUUUCCAGUUCGCCUUCGGCUUUGGCGGCAUGUGUGCCUUCUGCGUUGUUAUCGGCGACACCAUUCCACACGUCAUCAAGAUGCUCUUUCCGUCUCUAGCCGGAAGCUUCCUCGCCAAUCGACAAUUCGUUAUCACAUUCUUUACCUUGGCAGUAUCCUAUCCACUGUCGCUCUAUCGUAACAUCGAAAAGCUUAGCAAAGCAAGUGCCAUCGCACUCGUGUCGAUGGUCGUCAUCAUCAUUGCUGUCACCAUCCGCGGUCCUGCCAUGCCCGCAGAGCUCAAAGGUGAUCCUAGCCUCAGAUUCACCAUCGUCAACGUGUCGAAUUUAGUCCGUUCAAUCUCUGUCAUCAGCUUUGCCUUCGUCUGCCAUCACAACUCCUUGCUCAUCUACGGAUCGUUGAAGGAGCCCUCGAUGAACAAGUUUGGGCAAGUGACUCACUACUCGACCGUCAUUGCUGCUGCUGCUACUAUCACAAUGAGUGUCGCCGGCUACUGGAGUUUCGAAGAGAGGACCCUCAGUAACGUUCUCAACAACUUCCCGGAUGACGACGUGGUCGUCAAUAUCGCCCGUGGACUCUUCGGUCUCAACAUGCUCACCACUCUGCCACUCGAGUGUUUCGUCUGCCGCGAGGUACUUGAGACCUACUUCUUUGCAGGAGAAUUCGACCGCAAUCGCCAUCUCAUCUUCACCUCGAGUCUCGUGAUGACUGCUAUGAUCGUGUCACUCUUGACCUGCGAUCUUGGAAUCGUAUUAGAGCUCACUGGUGGACUCAGUGCGACGGCGUUGGCUUUCAUCUUCCCAAGCAUUUGCUACCUCAAGUUGACGAGCGAGACAGGCAAGCGAGUGCCUACCGCGGAUCUUCCUCAUCUGACAAGCUCCUCUUGGAGGGAUCAAGGGCAAACAAGGGGCGGUCAAAGCAACAACAACAACAACAAUCAAGAUCGGGCCGACCAAGAGAACGAAGCGCUCAUCGACCAGUCGAACGGCUCGAUCGAUCGAGGUCAGAACCUUAUUCGAACAGCCGAGUAUGAUAAUGCAGACGACGAAGAGCCAUCAACGCUCGAUCAUAUGGAAAGAAUGGAAGGUGGUCGCACAGCCCGAGGCAUUGGUGCCGCAAGAGAGUCGGUCGACGUUGAUGACGUUGAGCUGCCAUUACGGCCAGGAGCAAGUGUACGCUUCCGACCAGCAGCAGCCAACCGAAAGUGGUGGCAGUCGACACGACCACUCAGUGUAGCCUGUGCGAUCUUUGGCUCUAUCGUCCUCGUCAUUAGCGUAUGGACAGCCAUCUCGGACAGCACAAGCGGCAAGACUGGAGCGGUGCAUGUUUGCUAA